GUCCAUUGAUAUAUCUGCGUUUCAAAAGAACAACGACUAAAUAUUAUUUGAAAUACAACACGGUGUCAUAAAUAAAAUAUAUUAUGACGUUUUAAGUGCGAUGUCUGGAGAACUGGGUUUUAAACCCAUUUUAAACCUUCCAUUGAAGUGCUCGUCCAAUGAACUGAAAAUAGUUGUUCAUUGUUUGUUUUUCAGAUAAAACCGAGAUUUGCAUGUACUUCCUAAUAGGCACCUGUAGACACACCAUAGAAAGGUGUUUCCAAGCUCAUUACAGUCUGCCUUACAGCUGGGAAGUUCUGAAGGGCCAUCAGUGGACGCUGCUGGAUAGCUCAGAGAAGAUAGAAGAGGAUUACUGUAACCCCAAAAAGACACAGAGCACGGUGGAUGUAGAAGCGGUGUACUUUGACACCAUGACGCGUGGACUCCAGAAGGUCAGGCGUCUCUCCUCCAUCUCCUCAGUCCUCCAGCCCACCUUCCUACUCACCACCGAGUGGCUCUGGUACUGGGAGGACGAGAAUGGGAACUGGAACCAGUACGAUUCACCGACCAACAGCAGCACAGAGCUGGAGCAGAAGUUCCAGAACGACCCCCAGGAGGUGAUGGAGUUCACCGCAGGGUCCCAGGACUACACAAUCAAGGGCGCACUCACACUUGACAUGAUCCAGACCAAUAAGAGAUACGGCACCCAGAGGCUGGUGAGGCGACGGCCUCGCUUCCUGUCCUCCGCCGACGUGCUGGUCGUCAGGACAAGUAGAAGGCCUCCCAGUGGUCCAACAAAUGUCCUAGCUAUGCCAAGACACUGGGACAGGACCCAGGUUCCUGAGACUGGACAUAAGAAAGUUCUGCUGCAAGAUUCGUCCGAAGAAUACAAAGAGGUGGAGACGCUGUUUCGUCAGACGAUGACCAACUUUGACAUCGUGAAGAUCGAGAGGAUUCAGAACAAGAGUCUCUGGGACCAAUUUCAGUUGCAAAGGGAUCAAAUGAAGACGAGGAACGGGGGCCGUAACGUGGCCGAGAGGAAGCUGUUCCACGGCACAGACUCCAAGUUCAUCGACGCCAUCUGCUGCUCGAACUUUGACUGGAGGAUCUGCGGAACCCACGGGACCGUCUACGGCAACGGGAGUUAUUUCGCCCGGGACGCCAGCUACUCCCACAACUACACCGGGAACGCCACGACGGUCCGCUCCAUGUUCGUGUCCCUGGUGCUGGUGGGCCACCACACCCGGGGCGAGGCCGGCUACGUGCGCCCCCCCUCCAAGGACGGCGGGGACACCCUCUUCUACGACAGCUGCGUCAACCAUAUCCUCUCGCCUUCCAUCUUUGUCAUCUUCGACCGGCCUCAGAUCUACCCGGAGUUCCUGCUCACUUACAAGGAAAAGCGAGAAAAGGUGUGGGCUCCAGACGACUUGUUCUCCGGGGUACUGGCCGCCGCGCCGGUGGUGAAGCCCACAGCCGUGCCAAGUGGCAUGUUCGUAAGGUCCGCAUCCUUGGCCAGUGCCAUGACCGUGCCAAGGGCCACGCAUGUGCCCAGUGCCACGCCCGUGCCCAGUGCCACGCCCGUGCCAAGAGCCACACGCGUGCCAACGGCUUCGCACGUGCCCAGUGCCACGCCCGUGCCCAGUGCCACGGCCGUGCCAAGUGCCAUGUCCGUGCGCAGGUCCGCAUUCUUGGCCGGUGCCACGCCCGUGCCAAGGGCCACGCCCGUGCCCAGUGCCACGCCUGUGCCCAGUGCCACGCCCAUGCCCAGUGCCAUGUUUGUGCGCAGGUCUGCGUUCUUGGCCAGUGCCACGCCCGUGCCCAGUGCGACGCCCUUGCCCAGUGCCACGCCCGUGCCCAGUGCCAUGCCCUUGCACAGUGCCACGCCCGUGCCAAGAGCCACACGCAUGCCAACGGCCAUGCACAUGCCCAGUGCCACGCCUGUGCCCAGUGCCACGCCCGUGCCCAGUACCACGCCCAUGCCAAGAGCCACACGCGUGCCAACGGCCACGCCUGUGCCCAGUGCCACGCCCGUGCCCAGUGCCACGUCCGUGCCCAGUGCCACGUCCGUGCCAAGUGCCAUGUCCGUGCGCAGGUCCGCAUUCUUGGCCAGUGCCACGUCCGUGCCAAGGGCCACGCCCGUGCCAAGGGCCACGCCCGUGCCCAGUGCCACGCCUGUGCCCAGUGCCACGCCCAUGCCCAGUGCCACGCCCAGUGCCAUGUUUGUGCGCAGGUCUGCGUUCUUGGCCAUUGCCACGCCCGUGCCCAGUGCGACGCCCUUGCCCAGUGCCACGCCCGUGCCCAGUGCCACGCCCUUGCACAGUUUCACGCCCGUGACAAGAGCCACACGCAUGCCAACGGCCAUGCCCAUGCCCAGUGCCACGCCCGUGCCCAGUGCCACGCCCGUGCCCAGUGCCACGCCCAUGCCAAGUGCCACGUCCGUGCCCAGUGCAAUGUUUGUACGCGGGUCUGCGUUCUUGGCCAGUGCCACGCCCGUGCCCAGUGCCACGCCUGUGCCAAGAGCCACACGCGUGCCAACGGCCACGCCCCUCCGCAGAUUAACAGCCACGCCGGUGUACACCCAGGCCUACGAGGAACCCACUUCACAGUUCUACGUCCCCCGGCCUUCCAGACGCAGCCCCCCGCCCCCGACCUCCCCUAGCCCGAAGAAGUGUGUGGUGAGCUAG